AUGGCGGAGCACCAGCAGCAGCAUUAUGGCUACCAACAACAUCAGCAGCACCACCCUACCGACGCCUACAAGGGCCGAUUCCAGCAAAACGGCAGCCAAUCUACUUCAAAAGUCUUAGCAGUCCUCACUCUCUUUCCCAUUGGUGGAAUCUGCCUCCUCCUUGCUGGUCUCACUCUCACCGGAACUCUUAUCGGUCUCGCCGUCGCCACCCCACUUUUUGUGAUUUUCAGCCCGAUUCUAGUCCCGGCGGCGCUGACCAUAGGGUUGGCGGUCACGGGAUUCCUAGCGUCGGGAGCUUUUGGAAUCACGGCGCUGUCUUCCCUGACCUACAUAGUGAACUACUUUAGGAAGAUGAGUGGCGGCGGUGUUGGCGGUGGCGCGUCGAUGCAAGAUCCGUUGGAUUACGCAAAAAGGAGAGCUCAGGACACGGCUGGAUAUGUGGGUCAGAAAAUGAAGGAUGUUGGUCAGAGGACCCAAGAGGCUGCUAGGUCCUGA